CUCAAAACAAAACUUUUGAUGUGAAACUCAUCAAAAAAUUAAGAAAAAAAUUAAAAUUCACAAAGAAAUUGAAAAUGUCUCUAAUAAAUCGCUGUCUCACAGUCUCCAUAAACAAAUCCCAGUUCUCUUGGAAUAUUUUUAGGUCUUAUGCAAAACCUCCAGCAGCAGGUGCAAAAGGAGGUGCCGCUAAAAAAUUAGGUAAAUUAGGACCAAUUGUCGAGAAAAAAGUACUUCCAGUCGAAGAAGACACCAAUAAAUUAGUUAAUUAUGUGUGCGGAAGUAAUAUUAUGACAAAAGGAGAGGAUAUUAAGAUAAAACCUGAUUCUGAGUACCCGGAUUGGCUCUGGAAGCUGCACACAGGACCACCAAAGCCCAUUAGUGAGUUAGAUCCGAACACGAAGGAGUACUGGAGACGCGUGCGAAGGGCAGCUCUUACGAGAAACAAUACUUUAGCGGCCCAGAAACGAUUUUAGUUAAUUUCAGUUGGAUUUUUUGUUCAAAUAAAGUACAGUAGAUUAUUAAAAUUUAACAUUUUUCGUCUUU